GCUCCCAGCAGCGCCCGCCAUGGCCGCUCGCACCGCCUAGGAAGCACGUGUGGCGGUUUAGAGCCGGGUCGCCCCGGCAGCGGCACCAUGAAGAGCAAACCGUCAGCCCACAAGUCGGGGAACACGCACCGGUUUCUUACCUUCUCGGAGCGCUUAAGCAAUAUUAAUAUUGAUAUUAUUCAUCGGAUUGACAGAACUGGGAGCUACACUGAGGAGGUUGAAACCUAUUUUUCUGAAGCACUACGGAAAUGGAGGGAACUGAACCUCACUCAGCAUUUUGUGCAGUUCUACAAUGAAGUGGCCAACAAAUGCCAGUCCUUCAAUCAGCUGGUCUAUUACCAGAAUGCCAUUGUGCAAAGCUUGAAGACGCAUUUGCAAGUCAAGGGCAGUCUUGCUUAUCAACCCUUAUUAGACCUAGUGGCACAGCUGGCUCGAGAUGUUCAGGCUGAUUUCUAUCCUCACUUUCAUGACUUUUUCCUGGCUAUCACCAAGUUACUGGAUACGCAGGACACAGAGCUGCUGGAAUGGGCUUUUACCUCACUUUCCUAUCUCUACAAAUACCUGUGGAGAUUGAUGGUGAAGGACAUACACAACAUAUACAGCCUGUACAGCACCCUGCUGGCUCACCACAAACUUCACAUCAGAAACUUUGCUGCUGAAAGUUUUGUUUUUCUAAUGAGAAAGGUUUCUGAUAAAAAUGCGAUCUUCAAUUUAAUUCUCCGUGACCUGGAAGAGCACCCCGAGAAAGUGGAAGGUGUAGGACAGCUAAUUUUUGAGAUGUGCAAGGGUGUUCGAAACAUGUUCCACUCUUGUGCAGAGACGGGUCUGAAGUUAAUUCUGUUAAAGCUGGGGCCUGUUACUGAAGAAGAAAUUGAACUGCCAUGGGUAGCCGUGGGAGAAGCCUUUAAGCAGAUGAUCAAAUCAGCUGCAGUGCAUAUCCAUAAGGAGCAUUUUGACAUUGUCUUCAAGUGCCUGAAGGAGUCACUCUUAGACUUGCAGAGGAAAAUAACUAAGGCAAACUGCUGUAUGGCUUCAGAACAGAUAGAAAGGAUUCUGCAAGCUUAUCUGAUCCUAGUGGAACAUGCAAAUGGAUCCAAAAUCUCAAUGCCUGAAGAUGUCUGUUGGAUUUUAAUAGAAAUGUUACAAACACCAUAUCUCUCAUCAUCUUGCUGCAAGACCUUGCUGAACACAAUUUCUGCGUUCCUGCUGGCCGAGAAUGUUUUUCUGCCUGAUUAUGUGACCACGGAAGCUGUUGAGAAGGUAUUUGCAAGUGGAUUUGAACGGCGCUUUAUUCUGGACUUCUCUGAAGCGAUAUUUAGAAUGAAGCAAUUUGAGAGGCAUUUACUUACGUACUUUGUAGAGUACAUUGACCAUUGCUUCUCGGGCACGGAUGCCCAGGCAAAGGAUGAGGCCAUGGCAAUUCUGGCUAAACUCAUUCUGGUAAAAGCAGAGCCUCCUACCAGUGGUUCAAUGGGAUUUGAAAAGUAUCCUCUCUUUUUCAGUAAAUCAUCCAUCAGGUGUAAUACAGCUCAACAAACAAGUAAAACACAAGGAGUACCCGUGUUAGAUCAUGUACUGUCUUUAAUCCGUUUACCAGAGGAGGACAUUACUGACCUUUCACAGGCUUGGGCUGCCUUGGUUGUACUGCCACAUAUUAGACCAAUGAACGUAGAAAACAUUCUGCCCUGUGUGACAAGUUUUAUAGACUCACUCUUCACAGCCAUUGACAAAGGAAGUCUCUGCAAAGGAAGCCUGUUUGUGGCCUGCCAAGCUGUAAGCACUCUUCUUAGUUUGAUGGACUCUUCUGAAAUACUCCAUUUGUUACCUGUGGAGCGUGUCAAGAACUUGGUGGCCACUUUUCCUUCAGAUCCUUCUGUGUUGCUGUUGGCUGAUCUCUAUUACACAAGCCUGACGUUAUGUGGCUGCCAGAAGCCCCUUUCCCAAGGGAACCUAAUAGACUUGUUUGAGAAGUUGCAUCAUAAUAUUUCCACUGGUGUUUCCAAGGUCCGGCUAUUGACUGUUCGAAUUCUAAACCAUUUUCAGGAUCCACUUUCAACAGAGGUUGAGGAUGAUGACACAGAGGAGCUCCUGCCACUAUUUACCAUAUUGCUCCAAGCAGAACUUGUGCCAGCAACAGUGAAUGAUUACAGAGACAAACUUGUCCAUUUGAGGAAACUGAGAUAUGAUAUAGUGCAGUCUGUAAUACCAAGUGAAUCUUUGCAGGAGGUGCCUCUUCGAUAUUUACUGGGAAUGCUUUAUAUUAACUUCAGCCCUCUUUGGGAUCCUGUAAUUGAACUCAUUACGUCUCAUGCAAAGGAAAUGGAGAAUAAACAGUUCUGGAAGGUCUUAUAUGAACAUUUGGAGAAGGCUGCUACCUAUGCUGAAAUGGAGCUGCAAAAUGAACUAGAUGAACAGGAGGAAAGCAUUGCUGAAACAGAAAGCGAGAUGCCAGAAGGAGGUGUGAGGACUGUCUUCCUGGAGCAGCUGAGGACUAGGACAGACUGCAGUGAGCGGCUGGACCACACAAACUUCCGUUUGCUACUGUGGAAAGCACUGGAUAAGUUUCCAGACAGGGUGGAGCCUAGGUCAAGGGAACUUUCCCCCCUUCUUUUGAGAUUUAUUAGAAACGAGUACUACCCAGCAGAUUCAUUAGUGGCUCCAUCUCAGGAUCUUAGAAAGAAAAUUGGUGGUACAGUAGCAGCAAAAGAAAUACCCAGUGAAGAGGUGAAUGAUGUUGCUAUGGAGGAGGAGGAGGAGGAGGAAGAAGAAGAAAAGGAAGAAGGGGAACGAAUUACUGUAGGACUACCAAAAAGGAAAACAAGAAGAGCUGCUGCUAAGCAACUAAUAGCUCACUUAAAAGUUUUCUCUAAAUUCUCCAAUCCUCGUUCGUUGUUUCUGGAGCAGAAGUUGAACGCAUUGUAUAUUCAGUUACUGUCCCAUCAAGACCAGAAUGUACAGAGAAUAGCUCUUGACUGCAUAAUGACGUACAAGCAUCCUCAUCUACUGCCAUACAGGGAGAACUUGCAAAGGCUACUGGAGGACAAGACUUUCAAAGAAGAAAUAGUCCAUUUCAGUAUUUCUGAGGAGACCUCAGUAGUAAAAAUGGAGCAUCGACCAGAUCUCAUUCCUGUUCUUAUGAGGAUUCUCUAUGGGAGAAUGAGAAACAAAACAGGGAGCAAAACACAGGGCAAGUCUGCAGCGGGCACUCGCAUGUCAAUUGUUCUGCGAUUUCUUGCCGGCUCACUGCCAGAAGAGAUACGAAUGUUCUUGGAUCUACUCUUUGAAGCUGUGAAGCAAUUCAGUAAUGGGCCUUGCCAGACUGCAGUGCUUCGAAGCAUGUCAGAGUUGGAUUUAGCUAAAGUCCUGCCUCUUGGGCGUCAGCAUAGCCUCUUCAAUGGUCUUGAGGUUGUGUUGAAAAACAUGGGACAUUUGAUCCAUCAGUACCUGCCUGAAAUUCUACAGAUUCUGCUCUGCAUGACAGCUGUGGUAUCCUGCAUCCUCCAGCAAAGGGAGAAGGUCCAACCUAGGUUCAUUAAUCCACUGAAGAAUUUGAGACGUCUUGGACUCAAGCUUGUAGCAGAGUUUUUUUCUGAUUAUGAGACCUACAGCUUUAGCGUGGAAGAGAUUGAUGCAGUUUUCCAUGCAGUGGUAUGGCCUCAGGUCUGCAGAUUGGCUUCGGAGAGUCAGUAUUCUCCAACUUUUCUGCUCAAACUCAUUCACAUCUGGAGUAAGAAUCCCAGGUAUUUCCCCUUGCUGGCCAAGCAGAAGCCAGAUCACCCAGAAUGUGAUAUACUGUCAAAUGUGUUUGCCGUGCUGUCAGCCAAGAACCUGUCUGAGGCCACAUCCAGUCUUGUGAUGGACAUAGCUGACAGUCUUCUCAACAGCCCAGAUUUUGAACCUACAGAGCGUGUUUCCAGCUUGAGUGUGACUGACUGUGUUGUCAUGGUCACUGGAGAUGCGACAGAAGAGCCCCUCAGCCUAGGUUGCCGUUUGGUUCUGCCUCAUGUUCCUGCCAUACUUCAGUACUUCAGCAAAACAAUGUUAAAAGUGGAGAAGGUGAAAAAGAAGAAGUAUAGAGCUCAAGUCAGCAAAGAGCUGAGUAUACUUUCCAGGAUCAGCAAAUUCAUACAAGAAAAGAGUCAGAAUUCAGUGCUUGUGAGCCUUCUCCUCCCGUUCCUGUAUCAGACUAACAUGGAGCAGGGUACAGAGAUUGACAUUCUGGAGACAGUGCAAAACUUGCUGAGGCAUUGCUCAAACCCUACAAGCUUUCUCAAACCACUGGCAAAGCUUUUUUCUGUCAUCCAGAACAAAGUUUCACGACAUAAGUUGUGCUUGGUAUUUCAGACUUUAUCUGAGUUGGACAGUGAAUUGAAAUAUAUUACUGAUGUUGUUAAGCUGAAUGCCUUUGAUCCACGACAUCUCGAUGAUAUUGACUUUGAUGUACGUCUAUCAGCAUUCCAGUCAAUCACAGCCCACAUCAAGGAAAUGCAAGCAGUGGAUAUUGACUUCCUCAUCCCCGUUUUGCACAACUGCUUCUAUACCAUCCAGCUAGGGGAUAUGGCUCUUAGUGACAACGCAAGCCUCUGCUUGACCAGUUUUAUCCACCGACUAGCAGAAAUCAACCACACAGAAGAUGACUACAAGGAGCUAAUCCAGCACACUCUCCUGGAGUCUGUGAGAAGGGGUCUGAAGAGUAAGACUGAGAGCGUCCAGCAGGACUACACAUCAUUGCUUUCCUGUCUUAUUCAAACGUUCCCAGCAAAUCCUGAAUUCCAGGAUAUGGUCCAGUUGACCAACCGCCACGAUCCCGACAUGGACUUCUUUGAGAACAUGAAACAUAUGCAGAUCCACAGGAGGGCACGAGCUUUGAGGAAACUGGCUAAGCAGCUUACUGAACAAAAGCUUGUGCUGUCUUCUAAAUCCCUCCAGAACUACAUCAUGCCUUAUGCUACUACUGCCAUUUUUAAUGAAAAAAUGCUUAAGCAUGAAAAUAUGGUAACAGCCUCAGUUGAAGUUAUUGGAGCUGUCUGCCGGCACCUCUCGUGGUCAGCGUACUUGUACCACUUAAAGCAUUUCAUCCAUGUUCUGCAAACAGGACAGAUCAGUCCAAAGCUGGGAGUCAGCUUGUUAGAGACAGUGCUGGAAGCCUUUCACUUUGACCAUGAAACACUUGAAAAGCAGCUUCUGACCAUCGAGAACCAAGAAAUUGCAGCCAUGGACCUUGAGCCAGUGGUGGAGGCUGAAGAAGCUAUGGAGCUGGAGCAGAGUGAUGGGGAAGAGGAAGUGGCUGAGAAAAACAAAGGCAAGAAUCUCCCUGAGAAGCCUGCAGAACCUGAGCGUGCAGCUGAGACACCUGAAGAUGCUGAGCAAGUGACCAAACCUGUUUGUUUCUUACCUCGAAAUAAAGAGGAACUGGAGUGUCUAAUCAAACACAUUCAAGAUACAGUUACAGUCAACAUCUUGCCUAAAUUGCACAGGUGUAUUGUUGCAAAGGUUAAAAGAGAUGAUGAACACAAGCUUGUGAAAUCCAACGUUGUGAAUGAUGACGAGGUAGUUCGUAUUCCGUUAGCUUUUGCAAUGGUCAGGAUGAUGCAGUGUCUUCCCCAAGAAGUGAUGGAAGCCAACCUUCCAAGCAUCCUGCUGAAAGUUUGCACAUUUCUGAGGAACAGAUUUCAGGAAAUACGGGACAUUGCCCGUAACACACUCACUAAAAUCAUGGAAGUGUUGGGAGUGCGGUACUUUCUGUACAUCUUAAAAGAGAUGCAGUCCACUCUUGUCCAUGGGUACCAGCUCCACGUGCUGACUUUCACUGUGAACCUGUUACUGAAGGGCCUUGCUACCCGGCUCAGUGCUGGUGAUUUGGACCCCUGCUUAGAUAUCCUGAUUGAGAUUUUCAACCAGGAGUUGUUUGGGAAUGUAGCUGAAGAGAAGGAAGUGAAGGGAAUUGUCUCCAAGGUCAUGGAAGCACGCAAGAGCAAGAGUUUUGAUUCCUAUGAAAUUCUUGGAAAGUUCAUAGGAAAGGGCCAGGUGACGAAACUUAUUCUGCCCUUGAAAGAGAUUCUGGAGAACACUACAAGCUUGAAGAUAGUCCGGAAAGUGCAUGAGGCACUGCGUCACAUCAUGGCAGGGCUGAUCUUCAAUUCAGACAUGAAUGCAGAAUCCCUUCUCCUCCUCAGUCACGGUCUCAUCAGUGAAAACUUGCCUCUGCUUACUGAGAAAGCCAAAAAAAAAGUUGACCCUCCUCCAGAUCCUAGGCUGCAACCAGAGAGCUGCCUGCUACUCCAACCCACUCCCAUGAGAGGAGGGCAGAAAGCCCGUGUCAGCAGCAGGACUAACACAUACAUAUUGGUUGAUUCGGGACUUCGGUUGCUGCACAUGAGCUUGAAGAGAUCCAAAGUAAAUUCUUCUGAGGAGCAUGCUUUGGAAAUGUUAGAUCCUUUUGUUCAGCUGCUUAUAGACUGCCUGAAAUCUAUGGAUGUCAAGGUGAUAACUGGUGCUCUGCAGUCCUUGGUAUGGAUUUUAAAGUUCCCUUUGCCUUCUGUUAGUACGAAUCUGGAGGCACUGAUCAAGCAGCUUUUCCUCUUACUGAAAGAAUUUGCCAAGACAGGAAUAGCCAAAGGCCAGAAUUUCCACCUGGUUGUGAGCUGUUUCAAAUGUGUAACAAUACUUGUGAAGAACGCAAAGAGUCAGAUAACAAGCAAACAGCUCCAAGUGUUGCUUGGCUUUGCUGAAGAAGAUAUUUAUGAUUCAUCACGCCAAGCCACUGCCUUUGGCCUUCUCAAGGCUAUUUUAUCCAGGAAGCUGAUUGUCCCUGAAAUUGAUGAUGUGCUGCAGAAGGUCGCCCAAAUGGCCAUCACUGGUCAGAGUGAGCCAGUGCGAGUCCAGUGCAGACAGAUUUACUUAAAAUAUAUUCUGGACUACCCCCUUGGUGACAAGCUGAAACCCAAUUUGGAUUUCAUACUUGCACAACUGGAGUAUGAGUAUGAAACUGGAAGGGAAUCAGCACUGGAGAUGAUUGCGUACCUCCUUGAUAUGUUCCCAAAGGAUCUGCUCCACAAAUACUGCGGGCUGUUUUUUCUCUCUCUUUGUAUGAUGAUGAUAAAUGAUGACUCUGCCAAAUGCAAAAAGAUGGCAGCUUUGACUUGUAAAGCUCUCCUCAGGAAGAUAAGCAAUGAAAAACAAGAUCUGAUGUUUUCGCUGGUCACAGAGUGGUUUCAUAGCAAGAAGAGCUCACACAGGAGGCUGGCUGCCCAGGCAUGCGGUUUGUUUGUUGAAGUGGAGGGAGUAAUGUUUGAACGGCGUCUCAAAGCUGUCCUCACCUUGAUUGAAGACGAAAUCAACCCUAUUAAAUUUGAAGACAUAACUGAAGAGGAGGAGGAGAAGGCUGCAGACAGGCUGCUAUUCAGCUUUCUUGUUCUGAUAACAAAGCUGAUCACAGACUGCAACUUGAUUCAGUUAACCAAGAACAGUGAUAUUGUGAAUAAUAUCUGGAGUCAUGUCCAGUCUCACCUGUGGUAUCCUCAUAGCUGGGUAUGGCUGACAGCUACUGAGAUCUUUGGCUUGUUGUUUGCAUCUUACAAGCCAGAAGAUCUUGUCAACAAAUGGAGAGAAAGAAAGACAAGGAAGGGGAAAAAGGCUUCAGCAGAGCUGUCUGCAUCCACAGUCUUCUUGACUACUGAACUGGACAAAAAGAUGAAGGAACUUGUGUUUGCAUUUUGCCAUCAGCUGCAGUCCAAGUUCCUGGACCUGUCUCUGGGAGAGCAGGUUAUAAAGAAUUUGCUUUUUGUGGCAAAAGUUGUUUACUUGCUAGCCCCUGCCUUAGAAGAAAGUAAAGAGGCAGAAGGAGAACUCAGCUGUGAAAUGGAGGAGCAGGAGGCCUCCGAAGAUGAGGAAGAGAAAGACGUUUCUGCUCAAGUAGAUGGAGAAAGAGAAGAAACAGAAGAGAAAGGCCAGCCAGCUACAUUGCAGUGGUUAAUGAAGAAACUCUCUGUCAUGGCGAAGCGAGAAGCAGCAUAUUCCCCUAAAGUCCCUUUAAAGAGAAGCUGCAUCUUUAAGUUCCUGGGAGCGAUCUCAGUGGAUCUGGGGAACGACAGGAUCAAGCCAUACCUUCCAACAAUUCUCACCCCUCUGUACAGGGAGCUGAACAGCACCUAUGCAGAGCAAGAUCCAACACUGAAGAACCUUGCCCAAGAAAUCAUAGACCUGCUCAAGAAGUUAGUCGGGCUUGAGGCUUUCUCGCUCGCCUUUUCUUCUGUGCAGAAACAAGCCAAUCAGAAAAGAGCAAUGAGGAAAAAGCAGAGAGCUUUGCAGACUGUAGCAAACCCUGACAUUGCUGCAAGGAGGAAGAUGAAGAGACACAAGAAUAAAGCAGAAACCAGGAAGAGAAAAAUAGAACUCCUGCGCCCUACCUUCAAGGCCAAGAGACCUCGAAGUCACGCACUGAAAGAUUUAGCGAUGGUGGAAUGAAAAAGCUUUCCCCCAUGGAGGAUUCAUAUAUAAAAAGUGAUUUCAAACCAGGGGACUGAUUACUGUUAAAAAAAAAGUAUUUACAUAUUGUAAUUGUAUUUAUUACUAUUUUUUCAUUUCCUCUUUAAAGCUUUUCAGUUUUUUUCUGAACCUGUACAGUUGGAUGGACAACCACCAUGAUCCUUUAUAUUAAAUUUUACUUCACUUUUAAAAGAUGGAUUAUGUUAUGACUGCAUUCAUGCCAGUGAACAUCCUGACACCUGGAGAGAAAACAAUCUGCCUCCUGACUUUGAUUUGUCUUUCAGUUUUUCCAGCUACACAACGUGAUUUACUGUCAUUUCUGGCUAAGCUAAGAGCAUGAAAAUAACAGCUUGUGAAGGUGGAAGUUAAAUUGAAAUUAUGGCCCUGGCCGAUGAAGGCAGUGGGUGGCU